GGAAGAGCUUUCGGGAGCAGCAGUGCGAGAAGUACAACAGCUACAACUUCACGGAUCUGGAAGGGAAUCUCCUGGAGUGGGUUCCCAAGUACGCGGGGGUGUCACCCCGAGACCGGUGCAAGCUCUUUUGCCGAGCCAGGGGGAGGAGCGAAUUUAAAGUCUUUGAGGCCAAAGUGAUCGAUGGGACGCUGUGCGGGCCAGAGACCCUCUCCAUCUGCGUCCACGGGCAGUGCAUCAAGGCUGGCUGCGAUCAUGUAGUGGGGUCCUCCAAGAAACUGGACAAGUGCGGGGUGUGCGGCGGCAACGGUUCGACCUGCAGGAAAAUAUCCGGCUCGCUCAACCGAUCCAAAUACGGCUACAACGACAUCGUCACCAUCCCCGCCGGAGCAACCAACAUCGACAUCAAACAGCGCAGCCACCGCGGGGUCCGUCACGACGGGAAUUACCUGGCCCUGAGGACCCUCGAGGGCAAGCGCCAGACUUUCCCGCAGCUCCCGGAGCCCCUGACUGUCCAGCUGCUGACCAUUGCCAGCGAGGUCUUCCCACCAAAAGUCAAGUACACCUUCUUCAUCCCCAAGGACGUCCCUUUCAGCAAGCAAAAGGGCAAAGAGAAGAAGUCGGCCAACGUCAUCCGACCGAUGCUGACCUCCCAGUGGGUCCUGGGCGACUGGUCCGAGUGCUCCAAGACGUGCGGCUCCGGCUGGCAGAGGCGGACGGUGGAUU